AGCCUAUGGGAGGACGCCGUAGCCGCUGCGUUGGCUCGUUCCUGCAGGAGCCGAGCGCGGCCGACUCAGAGAAGAAGGAGGAGGAAGCAGGAAGGAAACAGGCAGGCGGGCAGGAACCCAGCAUAUUUUGAUGCAAGAUUACUCACAAAGAAUGGAGAACCUGCUGUGAGAAGGAUCGUUCUGCUUUGCUUUUUGCCUGCCUUUGGAAAGACGUAGCUGUGCUAAUUCUCCCAAGACCGUCUCUGAAAGUUUGACAUUUUGGGCACCUUUCCAUCUGUCUGUGUGGUUAAUAUGCAGAUUGCACUUCUUCACUAAUGAGAGGGAGAAUGGGAACCCAGGGUAGCCCUGUGAAGAGCUAUGAUUAUCUGCUCAAGUUUUUGUUGGUGGGAGACAGUGAUGUGGGCAAAGGAGAAAUCCUGGAGAGCCUUCAAGAUGGAGCAUCAGAAUCGCCAUAUGCCUAUAGCAACGGAAUUGACUAUAAGACCACAACUAUCCUGUUAGAUGGCAGAAGGGUCAAACUGGAGCUGUGGGAUACAUCAGGCCAAGGGAGGUUUUGUACCAUUUUUCGAUCGUAUUCUAGAGGUGCUCAGGGAAUCCUCCUGGUAUAUGACAUCACCAACCGCUGGUCCUUUGACGGAAUUGACCGAUGGAUCAAAGAAAUAGAUGAGCAUGCUCCUGGUGUGCCCCGUAUCUUGGUUGGAAACCGGCUUCACCUGGCCUUUAAGAGACAGGUGCCGACAGAGCAGGCCCGAUCCUACGCGGAGAAAAAUUGCAUGACGUUCUUCGAGGUCAGUCCCCUGUGCAACUUCAAUGUGAUCGAGUCCUUCACUGAGCUGUCUCGCAUCGUGCUUAUGAGGCAUGGCAUGGAAAAGAUCUGGAGGCCCAACAGAGUGUUCAGUCUGCAAGACCUCUGCUGCCGGGCCAUUGUCUCCUGCACCCCUGUCCACCUUAUAGACAAGCUGCCCCUCCCGGUCACCAUCAAAAGCCACUUGAAGUCCUUCUCCAUGGCCAAUGGCAUGAAUGCGGUGAUGAUGCACGGCCGGUCAUACUCCUUAGCCAGCGGAGGCAGCGGGAGCAGUAGCAAAGGCAACAGCCUGAAGCGCUCCAAGUCCAUCCGUCCACCCCAGAGCCCCCCGCAGAACUGCUCGCGGAACAACUGCAAGAUCUCUUAGUGGGCUGGUGCCAGGGCACGUCUCCUCCAGCCGCACAACCCCUGCACCUGGUCACCAAUGUACAGAUGUUGACAUGCACGUCACCUGCUCCUCUGUCGCUCUGCCUCCCCAGUUGUCCAAGGGUGUGUGGACCACCUGACAGGAUCCCACAGGGGCAGAGCAUGUUGCAUCCCAAGCCACCUUGACCAGUGUGCGGUAGGCCUUUCCCUGCUCCGAAGAGGUGACUGCAUAGCUGCCUCGAGGGGAUGACUGUUUCUCAACCUCAUUCUGAGGAUGGAGGUCGUGGGAGAAGGGACUUCUGUGCUGUAACUUUACCGUUUGGGCGCUGGAAUGAAUUGCCAGUGCUACAGACAACACUCGGCUCUUUUCAAACAGGCGGGCGAAAGAAACAGGCCGGGAUUGGGCAAAUUCAGCUCAGGUGGAGUCCUGCCUUGAUCCAAGAAAGACUAUGGCUGGCUGGGGGUCCUUUGGAAGCAGGCCACUUGGAAUUCUCCACUUAUUUAUCAAGGAAUUAUCUCACUACUUUGAAAAGUACUCCUACAAUGUCCCCUUUCCUGAUUUUUUUUUUUAAGGAAGGCUUUUGGGGGAGAAAUCUUGUAAAUAUAAUCAUAAAAUCUUGAAUGCAAAAGCUAAUUGAAGUAGGGAGGGAGUUGGCACUGGUCAAAGGGUGAAAUGAUCAAACAAUCUUGAGAAUUGUAUAAGCGAAACAGGGUUGCUCUUGUGGCUUUUUGAGAUUUGUAUAUGUGAAAAGAAGGAAGAUUUUCUUUUCUUGCCGAACAAAAGUUUGCCAGACAUUCCUUAUAAUAAGUGCAUGGCUUAAAUGGACAGCGAGAGCAAGAUUUUGAAGGACAUUGUGGGUGGGCAGUGGUUGGGAGUGGGGGUUUUGUGGACACAUCUGGGAUUGGUUAAUUACUGCUCUGGAGCCAGGGACCCCGAGUCAAAAAGUUGGCCUGCCCCGUAUCUCAAACGAGAUCAUGGCAAGGAAGAGGGCGAUUACAUUGAGAUAUGCUGCUCUUUUAUGGCCUUGAGGCCCACAGAGAUUCCUGAGCUCAGCCUCUCCCGCAGCAUGCAAUGCUCUUCUGGUCAGACAUAUUUGCAUGUCUUGGCACUAUUGAGCGGCCUUGAGCAGCUUGCUUUGUGGCUCUGAUCUUACCCUACUACCCAAUGGAUCUUUCCAUAGAGGGGCAAAGCAGCAUAGGAAUCCCAGUCAUCUUAGAAAUUCAUUUCUGGUUACCCUUUGCUUUUCAAGGAUCCGUUUUGUCACCCAACAUGGGCACAGUAUGAAAAGGCCUCCUAAUGUCAGUUGCAGGGAUGAGUCUCUUGCGAUGAGAAACACUAGGCCACCAAACCUAUACAUUAGAUGGCCUCAGUACAGUUAUAAAUCUAUAUCAGGCAUGGGCCAACUUCAGCCCUCCCUCCGGGUGUUUUGGUCUGUAACUCCCACAAUUCCUAACAGCCUCAGGCCCUUUCCUUUUCUCCCUCAGCUGCUUAAGCGGAAAGGGAAACGGAAAAGGAAGGGGCCUGAGGAAUGGUGGGAGUUGAAGUCCAAAACACCUGGAGGGAGGGCCCAAGUUUGUCCAUGGUCUAUAUGGUGUUGAGCUGAGCAUCUUCCUUUGGAGUCCAUCCAUGUUAGGAUCCCAUAUCCCUGAUCCUAGUUGCAGCUUCUUGGGGGAAAGGGCCCCUCUGUGCACUCUUGCUCUCUGUUCACCUUGAUUGUAAAGGCUUUUGGAGUUGCCUGAGCUGCUGUUAAUGUUUUUUAUCACAUAGGAUUUUCAGGCUUGGUUGGAAUUCUAUGUUGCAUGUCUGUCUGCAAACCUGGUUGGGAAAUUCCUCUCAGUCUGUGUCAAUUUAGAGAGAGGAAUUUGACGGAAAAUGACGUGAAAGUGGAUAGAGGACCAAAGUGUCUUGAGUGAUACAGCUUGUGUGAGUGGCAUUGGGGUGAGCACUUUGAGUCAGCUGCCAGCAUCUCCUGGGUUUUUCCUCCACUUACUCUUGGACCUGAUGAAUGUGUCUUGUCACAACAAUCGCCUGGCUCAGGUGAGGGGCCAGCGCAUUGUGGAUUGUGAGUUGGAAUGGGUGGCAUGAUGCUGCCGGGCUCUCCCUGUGCAGCUGACUGCCCAUUUUGUUCUGGAGUGCCCGAGAGAGGCCUGGCUGUGUCUUCUUGAUCGCUCUGAGGUGGCUUGGUAUGACGGGUGGGCCGGGCCCUGCCCUGCCCCUGGCAGGCGCUCAAAGAGGGCGACGGGGACAGGUCAAGGGCAGGGGAAAGCCUUUAGCGGCAUCUCCUCGGACCGGGAACAAAGCCGGAGCCAAAUCCAGGCCAGGAGCAUGGAGGCUUCGAGAUUUGCAGGGCAUGCCUGGGCCGCCGUGGCCACCUGUUCCCACUUUCUCAAAAUGGAGUGGAAGACAAUCACUGACUCAACAGGCUGGCAUUCUGGGGAUGUGCAGUGAACAGGUGAUCUCGCAAGCAGGCAGGACAGCCAUCUUUCCACCCUAGUUUUAAAAUAGCCCCUUUCCAAAACAGCUAUAGAAUGUGUAUUGUGUUUUUCUGAAGAGGAGCAGCACCCUCUCUUCUCCCUCCUGCUUGGCGGGCUGUAAAUCUUCCCUGUUGUCUCUCCAGCAUCUGAUGUGAUGCGGUGGUGUCCUUUGUUGGAAGAGUUGGCCAUGCACAUUGGUCGGAUUGGAGAGCAGAGGAUGCUGCUGUCGGCCAUCGAGAAACACUUUUCAGUUCCCCGCUCUCUGACUUAAUAUUUUCAGUCUCACUUCAGUGUCUGUCUGAAUGCCUCACUCCGUCUUAAUCGUAGCAAGUUCUUUGGGACGAGUUUCUUUCGAUUGUCUGCCAAUCACACCACUGAAUUUGUACCCGAUUUUAUUAAUGUUGAACUCAAAAGAAUGUGAUAUCAAAACACUAAAAAGUAGCUGCUGUCAAA